AUGACUCUGGUGGUGAAAAUUUUCCAGUACCUCUCGGUGGCCGAUCGCAGUGCAGCGAGCUUCAGUUGCUGGCGCUGGUACGAUGCUUCAAAAUAUCUUGGAUUCGCUCAGAAAAAGUGUUUGCAUCUCUUUGGAAUAGAAUUCGAUGAUUUCAAAGCGCCCGUUGCCGAUUUGCUGCUCAGUAGACACUUCUUCCCAGUGAUCAAGCUAACCCGUGUCAAGCUGAACAGUGUCAGCAAAUUUUGGCCAGAGUUCGGUCCCUUCAUCCGCGAGAUCACAUUCGAGAAGUGCAUGAUCUGGCGCGAACGGAUAAUUUCCGUCUUCAAACAUAUGCCAAAUUUGCGCACGGCUCGAUUCGUGGAGUGUGAUUUACUGCGCGUCGAUUUUUUUAAGAAAUGGAAAUACUUCGAUAAUGGACUAGUGAAUAUCUACUUCCCCAGCAUUAGAUACCUCAGUUUGACAAAGAACAAUGUUAGCCAGUUACAGUUAAACGUCUUGGUAGAUAUGAUGCCGGAUCUUACUGAGGUGGAUUGCUCGAACUGCUUUGGAAAUAUUGGCGCUGCCCAAAAGACUAAGAUGCUCAACUGUAUUUUGACCUUUAUCCAGCAACGUCAAAACUACCUCAAAAACAUCAAUCUAAGUGGGGUUGCAGUUGACGACCUAUUUGUACGAGGGAUGGUGAGAGCUAGAGGACUUCGUCUGGCGGUUUUAUAUUUUACAUACCUGGAGAAGAUGCCACGUAAAGAACCUGCCAUCAUCGACCUGCUACGUAACCAGACUCGUAUCCGCAUUCUUGAUCUGUCUCAGUCAACCGGAAUCACUGAUUAUUGUAUUGAUCAAAUCGUUGGCCACAUGAGCGAAUUAACGGUUCUGAAGCUAAGCGGGUGCUGUGGAGUUUCCGAUUACGGUGUUCUACAAAUUUUCAAGCUGCGGAAAGUGGAGGGCUUAGAUCUGUCCAGCUGUCGAUUUUCAAUGCGUGCAAUUGUCGACGGGGCUGCGUAA